AUGGACAGCGUCCGCUCGCUCACGAAGCAGAGCCUUGUACCAGACCAGAUCUACAUCAAUAUUCCUGAAGGCCCCAUGAAGCGACAUCCAGAGCGCUCAUACGACGAGACAGAGAUCCCGUCCGAACUCGUGGGUCUCACACCGCUUGUUAAGGUGAAUCGCUGUGUGGAUGACGGUCCGGCCACGAAACUGCUGGGAACUUUACGACUGGAGCACAAUGCGUCUACACUGAUCAUCACGCUGGACGACGAUUUCGAGUAUCCACCGGAACUGGUGGCGUCGUUGGUGUGGGAAGCUGUCGCCAAGCCGGACGACGCUCUGGGCGUGUGUGGAUGGGGAAUGCUCCCUAUGUGGCACGAAGUGGGCGUCGUGCCCGCCUACGUGCCGUACUUCAUGCGUCCUAAUGGACGCUAUGUGGAUAUCUUGCAGGCAUGUUGUGGCAACGCGUAUCGGCGCGGAUUCUUCACGGACGUGGAUGCACUUGCAGACAUUCCGCCAGUCUGUGUGACGGUCGAUGACGUGUGGAUUGCUGGAUAUCUGCGAACAGUGGAGCAGCGACAUAGUGCACUAAUUAGCAAGAGGCUGGAUCCGUCGGAUCCGGCGUGGAAGAAGGAGGAGGCACGCUCUUCCGAGCGUCAGAUGACGCUCUCUAGUUUCAAUCAUGAACAUCAAGUACAUUACAAGUGCGUACAGGCAAUCGAGGAGAAGUUCCAGCGGCGGUGGACGCGCAACUUCGAAGAGUAACAUCUAGGAUAGGAUAAUCAUUGACACUAGCUCGAUAGGAUACAGGCAACCGGUAGUGUUUAGCCCCCCCGCCUGCAAACAUAGACAACUACUGCAUUCGGCAUAAACAGUAAAUCCAUUGACACAGGAAGACGUGUAGAUGAUAUCGGAUGGUCUUCCUGGACUUUGAGUCCC